CAGGAUCUCAGGACGGGAACAUGUGAGCAGGGAAUGGGCGACUGGAAACAGGAUUAUUGUUCUACACAGCAGAGAGACGCAGGAGGGGCCCGGAACAGGAGAGAGACGGGGACACUGUCACACAUCCAAGGAGAGUUUUUUCUUUUUUAAUUUUUGCGCAUCAGACAACUUGGGGGAAUAUCUGGUCAAAGAUGAACACCAUAGUGUUUAACAAGCUGAGCAGCCAGGUCCUGUUUGAGGAGAAGGCGAAAGAGGUGGAAAUGAGCAGCAGAAAUUAUCUAGAAGUCAUCGACGGGCAGCAUCCAGACCUCCUCUCCAGCAACCAGACCAUCAGAGACAACCAGGCCAUCAGACACAGGCGGAGCGGGGGCCGUCCCAGCGGCGGUAAAGUGCGACACAAGCGUCAGGCCCUGCAGGACAUGGCGCGGCCGCUCAAGCAGUGGCUCUACAAGCACAGAGACAACCCCUACCCCACCAAGACCGAGAAAAUCCUGCUGGCCCUCGGCUCGCAAAUGACCCUGGUCCAGGUCUCCAACUGGUUUGCGAAUGCCAGGAGGCGUCUGAAGAACACAGUGAGGCAGCCAGACCUGAGCUGGGCGCUCAGGAUCAAGCUUUACAACAAAUAUGUUCAGGGCAACGCGGAGAGGCUGAGCGUCAGCAGCGACGACAGCUGCUCGGAAGACGUGGACAACCCUCAGAGGACACAGAGCGGCCCAGAGGAGCUCAACAAGCCCAUGUACCAGAGCGUGAUCAAGAAGGAGGGCUCCUCCAUGGUGGGCAUGGCCAUGGGUAUGGGUAUGGGUAUGGGCGCGGGGCUGCGCUCGGCUGCCGAGGCCGCCUCACUGGCCGAGGACUACGUGUCUCCGCCCAAGUACAAGAGCAGCCUGCUGCACCGCUACCUGAACGACUCCCUGCGGCACGUCAUGGUGGCCAACGCCGUCAUGGACGCCCGCAAGCGGAACCACUCCGGCUCCUUCAGCUCCAACGAGUACGACGACGAGCUGCUCUCGCCGUCCUCCUCCGAGGCUGAGGCGAACUUUGUUUAUCGAGCUGAAACCACAGACCACGGAUCAAGUAAAUGUGACAACGGCAGCGGUGGCGUCGGCGCCGCGCAGAAGGAGAAGGUGAAGGGCAAAGACGAGACGUACUGGAGGGAGAUCAACGCCGCCAUGGCCUUGACCAACUUGGCGCAGGGGAAGGACAGCGCCUCCGGGACCACCAGCUGCAUCAUCCAGAAGUCCUCCCAUAUAGCAGAGAUCAAGACUGUAAAAGUGCCGCUGAUGCAGAAGUAUUAGCCCUGACGUCAUCCUCCCAUCUCUCUAUGCAAACCAGCAAACAUUCCUGUUUCAGCGAACUCGCCGGAGCCCACACUCCCCCUUGAGAGGAUGAAAAGAGAACUGUUGUUUAAGGUGAGGGAUUGAGGCGAGGAGGUGUUGAACAAAAAGAGAACUCUCAUUCUUUUUGGUCAUCAUUGGUGUCUAAAAAAAAUUAAAAACAGGCCCUCAAUUUUUUGUGCUGGGUUGAUGUGCGACAGACAAGUGUUGAUGAUUGUUUCACAGCAGUAUUUCCUAAAGCAAAACACUUUUGUAAUGUUAACUUAUUUUUGAUGAGUCUGAUUUUUUUAUUUCUUCUUUUUUUAUGCCACGAAAUUUGUAUUUUUGCCAAAGUGCCUUUGUUAUUUAGACGAAUAACUCACUGACUGUGGUCCAUGCAAAGUACAGAUACUGAGGUGCCUCUGCGGAAGAAUAUUUGACUAAGUUUAGAGUCGCAGUCAUGAUUCAGGAUUUAUUUUAUGAAUGAAAAACUCCCAGCAACAGCUUGUGCCUUAAGGACUGAAUGAGCUCACCAUUGAUGAACUCAAAUAGCACACACACAAACAUAAAAAACACCUGACAGAAAUUCCCUGAAGAAGUUGUUCUCGUUUUGACUGGACCCUUCAUUUUGACUGUAAACUGAGCGCUGUUUUGUCUCAGUCGGCCUCGCGGUGCUGGCAGGCCAACAAUAACUGUUGCAUACGUAGAUAAGUUGCCCGAACGUGAGCGGCAGAUCGAUAAGCAGCCAACGCUCUCCGCCUCGUCCACUUCUCGGCCUUGGAUUUCAUUAACCAGCGAAGGACUCCCGUCUUAUCUGGGCUUUUAGUUGCUGCAACGUGCACGAGCGCUCAGCUGGACCCAAGUGAAGUCACGUUCACCCACACAGACGUAGGUAGAUCUGCAGGCUUGCUUUAAGGUUCAGCGCAGUAUCUGUUCCGCCAGAAUGCCGUGACCUAAAAGGGAUGUUUUCGCUUCGCAUUAUCAGUGUUACAUGCGGACACAGUGUUGCCUUCUCACGUUCGUGUUCAGAACGAGAUAAUCCGGAGCGAACGAGAAAGAAAAGCCACCACCAGCUCCCCCAGCCGUUUGAUCCUCGGCCCUCUCAGCUGUUCAGCAUUACAUUCAAAUUGCUGUUUACAAGAAGCCAGAGGACAGGCUUAAAAGUUUAACUUCCCCCCCUUGUUUCUUUUUUUUGUUUGUUUGUCUUCAAAAAUACAUUCCAGUAUUAUCUAUUUGUUGGCCAAGCAAGUGUUGAACGUUUCUGUUAUUGUCAGUCUGUAUAUGUGUGCUUGUUUUGUUUUUGAUCUUGGUUUCACCUAACCGUACUGCAUUAAGAGCUUCUUUUGUCAUCCAACGGAAAGAGUCCGCUUUACAGAGAGUACUCAUGUACGGCGCAUAUGUUAGAAACGUUUGCGGUGAACGAUGCCAAGUUCACAAACCAGGGGAAAUCAAGUUGGACUUAUGGGAGAAACUGAAGUUGGCUCUCUGUGCUGACUUUUUAAUUUUAUGUAUAUCUUCAAGGUACUGUUUAUGUGUGUCAAAAUGUACACUCCUUCCUUAAAUGUGCAGUUUUUAUUUUUUUUGGACAACCCAGACUUGUGCUUAUGGUCAAGGACAUUGAGUGGGAGUGAAACUGCGCAAAGUGACUUUUUGACCUUGUUUAUGUGUCUUGAAUGUGCAAACUGUGCAAACAAAAGAAGAAGCUGCACUUACAGUUCUUGGUUUUCAAUCAGAAAACACACAGCCUCCGCUGAGAACGUAUGGAUGGAUGUGUUUUUACACAGAGGUGACGGGAAGGAAAAGAAAUGAAGGACAACCCUAUAUUAUUCCUGUUAGCGUGCCUAUGGAAGUAUAAUGAAAUCAAUCGCACUAGCCAAUCCCCAGGCACUAUUUGCUUAUGCAGAGGGGGUUAUGCGCUCCCACAUGUGUUUUUUAUACACCUGAUCCAGGCAGGGUAGCUGCGGGGUAGUGCCGGGCCGGCUCCUUGUGUUUUUAAUCGCACCUCUGAACCUCUGGACCGCUCGCGACAUUCACACCUCACACGAUACCCGCUCACUGGGAGGAGAAAGAGCGUGGGGAGGAGGCUUCAGAGACAACAGAGCCGCCUUUGUUGUUCCUGCACGCAGUCACUCGCCAACAGCGACUCUGCGAGUGCUAACAAAGGGGUUUCUACGGCCAAGACUUUGGUACUGUACAUGCCUUUCUCCAGCACAAGCCCUGCUAUCACAACCAUGCUGACAAAUGGAAAGCAACGGUAUGUUUAAAAGCCUAUAAAUUAUUACGGACUUUGUAAAAACAAAGAAAAGUGGUGACCAUAGUUUGUUUUUUUAUUGUUAAGUUAUAUAAAUUGAGAUUUUUUUGUUUGUUUGUUUUGAUAGAGACUGGAUUUUCAAUCCAAUGACCAAAUGCAUAUCUCCUUGUUGCUCUCAUGUAAAAUUUCUUUUAUAAAAACAGUUGUU